CGAUUCAGCGAUGGAAACAAAGCCGUCAACAGCAAGGGGGUGGGGCUAGAAUUAAAUAGAUAAGAAAUUCCAACAGUUCUGCAUUUAUUACACAGAUAGUAAAAUAUUCUUAUUUUUCUUGUACAGUGAUCGCCUAGAAAGGUUUAACCCGAGUCGAACUUGGCCAGAGAAAAAGAGAAGACCUAGUAAUUUUUUUUGUAUGUGUUGAGUGUUUUGUCUAGUGGAUCGUUUACGCUAUACAUGACUGGGACGACGUGAUAGAGAGGAAGCGAAAGUCUGGCCACGUAUCAUUCACACCUGCAGCCAACGGAGGUGAAAUCAAGAUGCAGGCGCCUAUGAUGGACCCCUAUACCUACUCAGUUUUCAGUGGAAGAGCAGGGCCUGGGAACGGGACACACCUAGGUCACUUUCCAGAAACUGUGCCAAUGUUGCACGAACAGACCCCCACGUCUAGUGUGGGUUCCCCAAAUCCCGCCAUGCUUCCGUCCUUUGGAUUUACACAAGAACAAGUAGCGUGUGUCUGUGAAGUUCUACAACAAGGAGGUAACAUUGACAGACUAGCCAGGUUCCUGUGGUCAUUGCCUGCGUGUGAACAUCUUCAUAAGAAUGAAAGUGUGCUUAAAGCGAAAGCUGUUGUGGCAUUUCACCGCGGAAAUUUCAAAGAACUCUACAAAAUGUUGGAGAGCAAUAACUUCGCACCCCAUAAUCACCCAAAACUUCAGGCACUGUGGCUAAAGGCUCAUUAUAUUGAGGCUGAAAAACUCCGAGGGCGACCGUUAGGAGCCGUGGGAAAAUACCGUGUUCGCAGGAAGUUCCCCCUCCCAAGAACCAUCUGGGACGGAGAGGAAACAAGUUACUGUUUCAAGGAGAAAUCUAGAACUGUUUUACGGGAGUGGUAUCAACACAACCCGUACCCAUCACCAAGAGAGAAGAGAGAAUUGGCCGAAGCCACCGGUUUAACGACCACACAGGUCAGCAAUUGGUUCAAAAACAGAAGACAAAGAGACAGGGCCGCAGAACAAAAAGACAGGGACGGAUCACAAGGUGGGUCCGGGAUUGGCCAAGAUGUCGGAUCACCCGGAAGUGAUAAAGAUGACCUCAGUGAAGAUGGCGGGUUGGUUCAAACCAAAAUAGAGCCACAAGAAAUUAAUACUACACAAGCGCAUUCAAUAUAUGCAGAUCUCCAAAAGGCCAUGCCCAGUGGUCCGUAUACGGGCAUGAUUCCGAACAAUUCAAUGACCCAUUCAGCUGUGUCAAACGGUUCCUCUCUUGACCAUACUAAUGACAUGCUAGAUAGUUACCAGUCAUUAUGAAAUAUGAAAUGUUUCAUUCAGUCCUGUAUCAGAAUACUAUAAGCUAAGAAAACCAAAGAUUUUUAUCCCCAGGAAGAGGAGAAAUUGUUUGUGUUAUUGCAACAAUUUCUCAGAUGUGUGUGUGAUACUCUGAAAGUGUAGAUACCGGAAGUACUUUAGUGCGAACUUUGUUCAAGAGGUUGUCGCCUUGACGACGAUCAUUUUGGUAUGGCCGCCAUCCAUCUUGCCAGUUCUGUCUCAAGGUAUAUGAACACAUUUAUCCAGAGGAAACGUUAGUUCAAAAUUGGUGCAUGUGUGUGGAAAUUAUUCACGAAACCAGUGUCAACCUAGCUCUUGCGACUUUCUUCUACGUAAAUAGUGCUGUUCCUUUUUUGUUCUAAGUUUGUGCCAUGUUUAGAUAAGUGUGUACCAUGACAUUUGUCGACAAAGUCUUUAUUUCCAUUUAUAUGCAUAGCUUUUCCAUGACCUUCGCAGUCAGGGAUAAAUUAUUUCGUAGGGCUCUCCUGCGUAUAACAAAUGUAACUGGUUUUAUUAAUAUGUUCUUCAACAGGCAAUUAAGUGCAAUUUCUUCAUCACCAUUAUAUAGUUGUGUAGUUAAUUUUUUUGUCAAUGUACAUGAUAAAAAAGGUCAUUCUUGAAUUUUGCAAUAUUCUGUUGUGACUGCAAACCAGUUUUGCUUGUUUUCACCAUGACUUCAGAUUCGAUAAGAGUAUUUGCAAUUUUAACGGUAAUUUAAGACUGAAAGGACAACUUGUCGUAGAUGUAAUGUAUUAAUCGUUUAACAACCCAACUAAUGUAUUUACAGGCCGCUAUAUGCAACAGUUGCUACAGUGGAUACCAAUGUUCUGCCAUUUUAAAAAAAAAUGUGAUUAAUAAACUAAAGAAAGUGAAA